UGGACCGUCGCCCUUCCUCCUUCUCCUCAUGCUUCAUUGGCCGCCGGGCGUAAAGGCCGAAGCGGCCGGCGGGGAGAAGAACGAGGAGGAGGGGGGCCCUUCUGCAGGAGCUGCUGCUGCUGCUGGAGGAAAAGGAAAGGAGGCUUCUGCAGCUGAGACCCGUUCCAGAGAGAUUCCCAGCAAACAGAAGAAGAUCUGGCUUUGUCCGGGCCCCGUCUACACAGAAUGGGGCGUGGACCAGCCAACCAUUGUCGACAUCUUGACAAACCGCAGCAACUAACAAUGGCAGGACGUCGCGUUUGCUUUCCAGAGAAGGAACAAGAAGGCUCUACCUGCAGCUCUGAAAUCCGGUCUGCCUGGAAACCUGGAGACGGUUAUGCUCUCCCUCUUGAAGAUGCCUGCCCAGUACGAUGCCAGCGAAUUGAAAGCCGCCAUGAAGGGUCUGGGGACGGACGAAGACUCGCUGAUCAAGAUCAUCUGUUCACGGACCAACUUGGAACUCAGUGCGAUUAACAAAGUCGACAAAGAGAUGUACAAGACCAAUUUGGAAAAGGACAUCAUUUCGGACACAUCUGGUGAUUUCCGCAAGCUGAUGGUCGCGCUGGCCAAGGGUCAUUUUUGAAGACAUCUCCACAAAGUUCCACAUCUCAGCCUCAUGGCCCGUCCGUGACAAGCAAAGACUUCAAUGGCCAGAAAAUGCAGAAA